AACUAAACAAAGGGGAGUAGUUUCUAGAAGCCCAGCAGUUGUCUUUUAGAGUUCAAUUCCAAUUCUAUACAAGUUUCUAGAAGGCGCUAAAAAUGGCGCUGUGGCUGGACUCAGGUUCAGAACCUCAAACGGAGAAUGAAAAGGCUGAUCUUGACGCCAUUGCUGCAAUCAAAGAAUCUACCGCUUUAGAGCUUAAGGAUCAAGGAAAUGAGUUAAUUAAGAAAGGGAAGAAGCAUUACAAAGAUGCUUUAGAGUGUUACACUAGAGCAAUAAAUCAGAAGGCUUUGGGUGAAUCGGAGACAUCAGUUUUGUAUGCCAAUAGAGCCCAUGUAAAUCUUUUAUUAGGAAAUAACCGGCGUGCUCUUGAGGAUGCUCAACAGGCUAUUGAGCUUUAUCCGCCGAAUAUUAAGGCUAUUUAUCGUGCUGCCAAAGCAUCAUUUGCUCUCGAUUUGUUGAAAGAGACUAUAUCUUAUUGUAAACAAGGAUUUGAACUGUCUCCCGAUAAUGAAGAACUUAACAAGCUGGUGAAGCUAGCUAGUGAGAAAUUAGUCAUACGUGAGAAGUAUGAAGCUGAAGUAUCUAAUGCUUUGAAAGGUGCUAAGGACCUUCUUGCCGCAUUUGAAGAUAGAAGAUUGAAGAUGGGAAAAACAAUGUACCGGGAACUAAUUGGAUUGAAGAAACCAAUUAUAGACAAAAGCAAAAUUCUUUAUUGGCCAGUGCUUCUGCUUUAUCCAGAGGUUAUGUCUAGUGACAUAAUUGAAGAAUUCUGUGAGACUGACAUGUUUUCAUCACACUUAGAUACAAUGUUUUCCGAAACUUGUCCUCCUCUGCAAUGGGAUAAAGAAAAUGUAUACACCCGUGAAAAUAUUGAAUUAUACUAUGAGGCUGGCUCAUCAGUGCCUUUGUCGAAGACACAGAUUUUGCAUAAUUUAUUAGAAGGCACCCCUGGUGCUGGUGCAGUGAGCAUUGAUGAAGACACUUCUCAAAGUUAUGUGAAGGCUGGAGGUCAUUCUUCCAGAUGGGUUAAGGUCAACGAAAAAAGGACACUUCAUGAUGUGUUGAAGGAACCAAAUUAUGUUAUUCCAGGUAUACCAGUUUUCUACAUUGUGUCAAAACGCUCUGACUUCUAUGAAAAAUUCAAAGCUGGCAAAUGGGGAACCCCUGAAUUGCAUGAUCUAAGAUAAUAACUAAAGAAGACCUGCUUUCUAGUCGACGUGCAGGUGUAGACUGCACUUCUCGGAUACAUCGUCAUACGAGUUGAUGUAAAACUCACACUCCUGAGUUGAUUACCUGCGCCAUGCCGAUAUGCUAUUUAAUGGCCCAAAAUUUACCCAAUGCCCUUCAUUCUGUCUUGAUGUGAAUUAGAGGGAGCGAGCAUUAGUAGCAUUAGUAAAAUGUUCCAUUAUUUUCAACAGUUUAUUGUGCUCAUUCUUCUAGUUUUGUCUUUUUUUUCAGUGUCUUGUAAUAUCAUACUUAUGAUUUUCUUUAAUUCUUGUUCGAUGAACUAUAAUCGCUUCCUAUGAUUUAUAAAAUGUGCUGUAAUUUCUUGUUGAAAGACAA